UGAUGCGCAACACGAGACAGCUGCGGAGGUUUAGCCUAUUUGAUACUGAAAUAGGAGAAGCGAGGUGUAUGUCAGGUACGCCCAGCGCCUAUGGGAUCACCAGAAUACGAAGUUGACGUGCAACCACGAUAGAUGGGUAGAGUAGCCAGAGAAGCUCCUGCUGUUGUUCCCGCCCGAUAAGAAAUGUUGUUGGGAAGGACACGAUUGUCGGGGAAUGUCCGCAUAUGCAGCCUUGGGUCGCCGUGUCUCGUUGUCCAUGCGCUGUGCACGCAACAGUGUCGGAAAUGGCGAGGCCGUAGAAGGUCAAUCACGAGGUGCGUAGCGAGUGGCCGACCAAGCGACGACGGCGGCCAGGGGAGGCCCUAUGAUCUCAUUGUUUCCAGAGCGGCCACACGGACAGGUGACCUGGACGUGCAAGUCAUGUGCUGGGCUGGACCGGCUGGAAUGCUCACGGGUCCGCAUCCGGUUCCAGGCGAUGCUCGUCGUCAUGCUCAGAGCCAACGUAAGCAUGUGGUAUGGCGGCUUUCAGCCAUGAGGCUAGGGCAGACGCGCAGAUUGGAGGAGGGCUCUAGCAUGGAGCCGGCCGUGGGCGGGGCUGCGGUAGGCGCGUGUCGGCAGCCCGCUGCAGGUGCGCGGUGUGCCCCUCGUCGGGGUACCAGAUAGCGGACUGCUUGCCGCAUGCCUCUGAGCCUCCGACUCAUCCUCUCUCAAGCCCGUCUUGAGAGUCGCGCACCGCUACACACGCUCUUGCUCGAUACACACCGCUGCGGCGACCCGACCGCGCCUUCUCCAUCCGCCCGCCCGCCUCGCCCCUGCCGUCUGGAGCUCAAGCAGGGUGUUGUAGCGCCCCGCCGCCGCCGCGUCGACCCGCGCGUGAACAGACUCAGGGUCGAAGCUGCCAG